AAUUACAAGGGUUUUUAUGAUGUUUAAAAGAACUCAGGCCUCUAACUAGUCUAACUUGUCAAACUGUAUGGUUUGUUCAGUAAAUAACUAAUUUCCUGCAGGCAUGUUUGACAUGCCUCUGACAUUUGAGCUGAGUCCAAUCUAUUUUUGUCACAGCGUCUGGGUGAGGGUUGGACUGCUUACAGAGUUGACUUGUCGGACAGCACUGUUGGCCUGAUAUGGUUGUUUAGACCAAACAGGAUUAUUGAAUUAUCCAGUCACUCUCCUCAUGGACCUGUAUGAGAUCAGAGGAGGCAGACUGGAUGUGAUUACAGAAGAAGCUGAGCACCAAGACUUAAGCAGAGAGUCGAACACCAUGGAGCCCUACAAGGUGGCUUCAGCCAGAGGAGGAAGGGCUACCCGAGACAUUUCCACCUUGCAGAGGUUCUCUGUCGGCACCAACGAGUCCCUUCGCUUUGAGCCCUGUGAGGACAGCCCUCCUUCUCCCACUGGGGCAGAAGAUGGACUUGAUGAUGAUGAUGAUGUGUUUAGAGAGGGAGAAACCGAGAGUGAGAUUGUCAUGACCAGGAAUCACCUGCAAGGGAAGGUUGCUGAGAUGGAGAACUUUGCAGGUCAUCUGGAGGAAAUCUUUCUCACUGUGGAGGAGAACUUUGGCCGUCGGGAGCAACAUUUGGAGCAGCACUACAACGAUGUGCUGCAGACGCUGUCUCAGCGAUAUGACGAGAGGGCAGCUGGGCUGGAGGAGGAGAAGAAGAGCAAGCUGGAAGCUCUGUACAGACAGCUGCUGGCAUGUGGUCAGGCGCUGGAUGCCUCCAAGGAGCUCAUUGAGACAGCCCAGGAGAUCUACCGCAGCCGGGACAAAAGGCUUUUCCUGAAGACAGUAAUGCCCGCCAUUAAAAGGAUCGAGGAGUUUGCCAAAGAGGAGCCUGACCUCAAGUUGUCUACACAUCUUGAGUUGAACACACCACUCGCUGACCUGUCGGAUGUGAAAACCAUGAUGGACUCCAUCAAUGUUGUUCCAGCUCCAUCUGCCCCAGUAAUCAACCCCCAGAUGCCCAAUUCUGCCACCCAGACGUCUCUGCGCGUGUGCUGGAGUUUGUUCUCUGAUGACACGGUGGAGUAUUAUGAGCUUUACUACAGACCAGUGCUGGAGGACAUGCCAGCAGACAGUACCUGUGCACCACAUGAAAGCAAGGUGAAAGUGAAGGAGACCCACUGCACUGUGACAGAUCUUCUGCCUAAUGCUCAGUAUGAGCUGUGGGUGACGGCUACCAACACCACUGGCAUCAGCCCAGCGAGUGAGAAGGCCUUAUACAUGACAGUGCCGUCGCCUCCGGUGAUCAAGCAGAGGGAGUGUACAAGCUGUCCAGAGGCUGCUCUGAUCCGCUGGGAGUCAGGAAACACCAACCCUGUAGACUCUUACAACGUGGAGCUGAGUGAGAUGGGUACUGAUGGCACAGAGAGUGGUGUUACUGAGUCUAUAGUAGCCGUGCCCACCUGUCAGUGUCUUAUCCAACUGCAGACUGGACAGCGUUACCUCAUCUCUGUGAGAGCAGUCAACAUUGGCGGGCCCAGCGACAGGAGUGACGUCAUUAUAGUUUCUACAACAGGUACAUUCUUCCAUCUCCUGGAGGAGACUGCCCAUCCUUGCCUGUCCAUCUCCGAAGAUGGCUUCACCAUGUUUUAUGGAGAUGAGGAGCUGUCUAUUAGUGCUAUGGCCUUUGAUGAUAACACCUUUACCAGAUGUGUAGCUGUCCUGGGAGAUCUGAUUCCAGUGCGAGGCAGACAUUACUGGGAAGUUGAGGUAGAUGAUGGGACAGAGUUCAGGAUUGGAGUUGCAUAUAUGGACACAGAGAGGAGCUCGUACCUCGGAGCCAACAACACCUCCUGGUGUAUGAGACACAUUCUCACUCCAACCAGGCAUAAAUAUGAGUUUUUACACAAUGGUUGGAGUCCUGACUUGAGGAUUACAGUGAACCCAGUGCGGAUAGGAGUGGCACUGGACUACGAGAGGGGGACGCUGUCCUUCUUUAAUGUGGAUCUGGAACAACACCUACACACCUUCCACUGUCACUUCCAAAGUUAUGUCCACCCCUGCUUUGGCCUGGACAACCCAGGAGCUCUUACUGUACACAACAGUAUAGAGGCUCCCGAGUACACAUUCACCUGACACCAGCAAUCAUGUCUAGUAUCACAAUGUAAAGCCUGGUGGGAAGAGACAACACUUUGGUUAAAAAAAUAAAAAAUAAAAUAAAAUUCUGGGGGACAUCCCCAUUA